AUGCCGCUCAUAAAUCGAUUCUUUCUGCAUCUUCCAGGGGAGAACGAUCCAUUGCAGAACAGCGUGGAAGAAUCUGAUGAAGACGACUUUAAGGACUUGCGAGCUUGCAUCUACAAGGAUGAAGCUGAACUGAAAAGAUUCAGGCUGCUUCUGGUGAAUGUGGUGAUGGCCACAGAUAUCUGCGACAAGGAACAGGCACGGGGAGGGAUGAGGAAAACUCGAUGGCAAAAGGCCUUUUCCCAAGAUGCUGCUGGACCACCUCCAGAGACUGCAUCAAGGACAUCUCUCACAGGUCCCUCUGUGCAGAACAUUGGCACAAACGAAAAGGCCACAAUCGUUAUUGAGCAUUUGAUUCAAGCUUCAGAUGUGUCGCACACGCAUUGGUGA